AUGGUCGUCGGAAAGGUCGUGGAACUUGCUAAAUUCACCGGCGAGACCAUCAAGGGUGCUGCCUUGGUCUUGAGCCGUCCCAAUGAUCCCAUCCCCGAAACCAAGUUGCACCCGAGAAUGCCUGCUCGACCACACACUCCUGGAGAAUGGGUGAGAUGCUUUACUUGUUUUGCUCUGUUUAGGAAGAAAUCAAAAGAAUUUUUGAGUUGGUUUUAUCUUAUUUCAACAAUGAAUUUAUUUAAAUUUUCAGUUCCGAAUGUUGUCAUGGCGCCACAUUUGGCAGAAAGUGCCAAUUGCUCGUUUCUACGUGUACUCUGCCAUUAUCGUCUUCGGAGUGUUCAAAUUCCUUGUCCCCAGUAAGUUUCCUUUCUUUUCUUUUUACAUUUUAGAAUAAUGUCGUAAUGUUUCAUCGAGAAAUGUUUGUUUCUUUACUUGAUCAUCUACUUGAAUAUGAUUUUCUCGGCGUAAUCCUCCAAAUGUUUCAGUCAAGCCCCGCCAUGUAAUCAUGUACAAGAAGGGUAAGGAGGACAGUCACCAUCACGAAGUGGAGCACUGGUAUGGCAUCAGACAGAAGAAGCAGGACGCCCUUUACUGGAACAAGUACGAUCCUCUCCGUGUUGAGGGCGCCGCUCCAGUUGGAGGUCAUUAG